AUGACUGAUAGCAAAAGCACCCAUACGAAGGAGAUCGAGAAUAUUGUUGAUGAACAGGGCCAAUCGAACGGUGCUAGCCGGCCACCAGUGAUACCAGCCUCGCUGGCCAUGCUGUCGGCCGUUGAAUAUGCCGAAGUUCAACAGCGAGCGACGUUGAAGCUAGAUGCCCGGAUCAUGCCCUGCAUGGUUCUGAUGUACAUCAUGAACUACCUGGACAGGCAGAACAUCGCCGCGGCCAAAUUAGCCAACAUCGACCAGGAUCUCAAUAUGACGGAUGUGCAGUACCAGACCUGUGUCAGCAUCUUGUUUGUUGGGUACAUUCUCAUGCAGGUACCAUCUAACCUUGUAGUGGGUAAAAUCAAGUUUCCGGGUGUGUACAUCUGUUUCUCGAUGGCUCUGUGGGGUGUUCUCUCAGCCUGUACGGCUGCUGUGCACAAUUUCUCCGGUCUUGUAGCCUGCCGUUUCUUCCUCGGAUUUGUCGAGGCCGUGUUCUUCCCUGGUGCCCUGUUCUACAUGUCAUUGUUCUACACCCGAAAGCAGUACGCACUGCGAACGGCCAUCCUGUAUUCCGGUUCUCAGCUUGGUAACGCCUUUGGUGGACUCUUUGCUGUCGCUAUCCUGAAGUUGGAUGGCAAACAUGGCCUGGAAGGCUGGCGAUGGCUCUUCUUGAUCGAGGGUGUUGCCACAGUUGGCCUGGCGAUGCUCCUUGCAUUUAUCCUCCCCAAUUCACUGAAAACUAUGCAUGGCUUCAGCAAGCUCGAACACGAGUGCCUCUUGUGGAACUUUAGUGAAGACCAAGGCCAGCGAGACAACGCCGACGAGGUCAGCGCCCAAAAAGGCGUCAUAAUGGCUGUGAUGGACCCCAAGACAUGGCUCCUCAUGGGAAUUCUGUACAGUAUCUAUAUUGCGGGAGCCGUAUCGAACUUCUUCCCUUCGGUAGUAGCCACCCUCGGGUACUCUCGAAACAAGACCUACGGCCUCACCGCGCCACCUUACGUUCUUUGUGUGAUUGCAAUGAUCCUCAAUGGAUUCCACUCCGACAAGAAACAAGAGCGUUGCUUUCACAUCAUCUAUCCAAUGGUAAUCUGUCUCGUGGCUAACAUCAUUGCUAUCUCCACGCUGAACACGGCAGCACGCUACGUUGCCAUGAUGCUGAUGCCGGGAUCCUUCUAUUCUGCGGCCAUCGUCGUCCUGUCCUGGGUGGCCGGUACACUAUCACAACCGUCAAUCAAGCGUGCCUCGGCCAUUGCCAUGAUUAAUGCCGUCUGCAACACCCCAAAUAUUUGGGCCUCCUAUCUCUACUAUUCUCCGCCGCGAUACCUUACCGCCUUCUUGGUUAAUCUUGCCGCCUCCGUAUUGGCUAUUGUCUUGGCAACUGCUACGCGCAUCUACCUGCGGCUCCAGAACAACAAGCUUGACCGUGGUCUAAAUGUGGGCCAGAGUGGUCCAACUGCCGCUCAGAUUGCUGCCGGAUUUCGCUACGUGACUUAG